AAGUUGAGGGUUAUUUUCCUAGAGAGCGGGAGGACAGGCCGGCCCCACGGGCGAGCGGGGCUCCACUUCCCGCCCGUCUGCUCCGGUGGGACAGCAGGGCGGGUCUAGAUUUUCCUUCAAGGACAUCGGAGUUUGGAAAGUUGGGAAUUCAUACCAUCAUGGCAAACCUAUUGAAAACAGUGGUGACUGGCUGCUCGUGUCCUUUGCUAAGCAAUUUGGGGUCCUGUAAGGUUCUACCUGGGAGGAAGAAUUUUGUACGAACAUUUCACACACAUCAGGAACUGUGGUGUAAAUCCCCUGGGAAACCAGGAAUUCCAUAUAAGCAACUGACUGUUGGUGUUCCCAAGGAGGUCUUCCAAAAUGAGAAGCGAGUGGCAUUGUCUCCUGCUGGUGUUCAGGCCUUAGUCAAGCAAGGUUUUAAUGUUGUUGUGGAAUCUGGUGCAGGUGAAGCUUCUAAGUUCUCAGAUGAUCACUACAGAGCAGCAGGAGCUCAAAUCCAAGGGACAAGGGAAGUGCUGGCUUCUGAUUUGGUGGUCAAAGUUCGAGCCCCCAUGGUUAAUCCUACCUUAGGUCUUCACGAAGCUGACCUUUUGAAGCCAUCAGGAACACUGAUAAGUUUUAUUUACCCAGCCCAAAAUCCAGACCUGCUAAAUAAACUUUCCGAAAGAAAAAGUACGGUUUUGGCAAUGGACCAGGUUCCGAGAGUUACAAUUGCUCAGGGAUAUGAUGCUCUCAGCUCCAUGGCCAACAUUGCUGGUUAUAAGGCCGUUGUCCUCGCAGCAAAUCAUUUUGGACGUUUUUUUACUGGUCAGAUCACAGCUGCUGGAAAAGUUCCUCCAGCCAAGAUUCUGAUCGUUGGUGGUGGUGUUGCUGGGCUUGCUUCUGCAGGUGCAGCAAAGUCCAUGGGUGCAAUUGUGAAAGGAUUUGAUACAAGAGCUGCAGCUUUGGAACAGUUCAAGUCUCUUGGUGCUGAACCCUUGGAAGUUGACUUGAAAGAAUCUGGUGAAGGUCAAGGAGGAUAUGCGAAAGAGAUGUCCAAAGAGUUUAUUGAAGCUGAAAUGAAGCUUUUUGCCCAGCAGUGUAAAGAGGUGGACAUUCUUAUCAGCACAGCACUCAUCCCAGGGAAAAAAGCUCCUGUUUUAUUUAGUAAGGAAAUGAUCGAGUCAAUGAAGGAAGGUUCAGUUGUUGUGGAUUUAGCAGCCGAGGCUGGUGGAAACUUUGAAACCACUAAGCCAGGAGAACUUUAUAUUCAUAAGGGAGUAACUCACAUAGGCUACACAGACCUUCCCAGCCGAAUGGCCACCCAGGCCAGCACUCUGUAUUCCAACAACAUCACCAAACUCCUGAAGGCCAUCAGUCCUGACAAAGAUAAUUUUCAUUUUGAAGUGAAAGAUGACUUUGACUUUGGUACUAUGGAUCAUGUCAUUAGAGGAACUGUGGUGAUGAAGGAUGGCAAUGUAAUUUUCCCAGCUCCCACACCAAAAAAUAUUCCUCAAGAAGCCCCAGUAAAACCAAAGACUGUGGCUGAGCUGGAAAUGGAAAAAGUAGCUGCGGUCACUCCUUUCAUGAAGACUAUGAGAACGGCUUCUGUGUGUACAGCAGGUCUCACUGGGAUUCUAGGUUUGGGCAUUGCGGCUCCCAAUUUAGCCUUUUCUCAGAUGGUGACCACUUUUGGCCUGGCUGGCAUUGUGGGGUACCACACCGUCUGGGGAGUGACCCCUGCUCUUCACUCACCUCUGAUGUCGGUCACUAAUGCGAUCUCAGGUUUGACUGCAGUUGGUGGGUUGGCGCUCAUGGGAGGACAGAUGCUUCCUUCUACAACUUCUCAGGGUCUUGCAGCUCUUGCCACAUUUAUAUCCUCAGUCAACAUUGCAGGUGGCUUUCUGGUGACUAAGAGAAUGCUGGAUAUGUUCAAGCGUCCCACGGAUCCCCCAGAAUACAAUUACCUAUAUCUGCUUCCUGCUGGCACCUUUGUGGGUGGAUAUCUUGCUGCUUUCUACAGUGGUUAUAACAUUGAAGAACUCAUGUACCUUGGCUCAGGCCUGUGCUGUGUUGGUGCCUUGGCUGGUCUUUCCUCCCAGGGAACAGCUCGUCUUGGAAAUGCAUUGGGCAUGAUUGGGGUUGCAGGAGGACUGGCAGCUACUCUUGGAGGCCUAAAACCAGGCCCGGAAUUAUUAGCUCAGAUGUCUGGAGCAAUGGCUUUGGGCAGUACCAUUGGAUUGACAAUUGCCAAACGCAUCCAGAUUUCUGAUUUACCUCAGUUGGUGGCUGCUUUCCAUAGUUUAGUGGGUUUGGCAGCUGUGCUUACUUGCAUAUCUGAGUACAUCAUAGAGUAUCCACAUUUUGCUCUGGAUGCAACAGCCAGUCUUACCAAGACCAUAGCUUACCUUGGCACUUAUAUUGGUGGAGUCACCUUUAGUGGGUCUCUUGUUGCCUAUGGAAAAUUGCAAGGUAUCCUGAAAUCUGCUCCUCUCCUCCUACCUGGAAGGCACUUACUCAAUGCAGGAUUGCUGGCUGCUAGUGUGGGUGGGAUGAUCCCAUUCAUGAUGGACCCCAGCUUUACCACUGGCAUUACCUGUCUGGGCUCAGUGUCGGCUCUCUCUGCUAUCAUGGGUGUGACUUUGACAGCUGCUAUAGGGGGUGCUGACAUGCCUGUUGUGAUCACCGUGCUGAACAGCUACUCAGGCUGGGCACUGUGUGCGGAGGGCUUCCUGCUCAACAACAACCUGCUGACUAUCGUGGGUGCCCUCAUCGGCUCCUCUGGUGCCAUCCUGUCAUACAUCAUGUGUGUGGCAAUGAAUCGCUCCCUGGCUAAUGUGAUUCUUGGAGGCUACGGUACCACUUCAACAGCUGGUGGAAAACCCAUGGAAGUUUCUGGCACGCAUACAGAAAUCAAUCUUGAUAAUGCAGUUGAGAUGAUUCAAGAGGCUAAGAGCCUUAUUAUUACUCCAGGAUAUGGCCUCUGUGCAGCCAAAGCCCAGUACCCCAUCGCUGAUUUGGUAAAGAUGCUCAUUGAACAAGGCAAAAAGGUCAGGUUUGGAAUUCAUCCAGUUGCAGGCCGAAUGCCUGGUCAGCUUAAUGUGCUUCUGGCGGAGGCUGGAGUGCCGUAUGAUAUUGUGCUGGAAAUGGAUGAGAUCAACAGCGAUUUCCCAGACACUGAUUUGGUCCUGGUAAUUGGAGCUAAUGACACUGUUAAUUCAGCAGCCCAAGAAGAUCCCAACUCUAUUAUCGCAGGCAUGCCAGUCCUUGAGGUUUGGAAAUCAAAGCAGGUCAUUGUCAUGAAGAGGUCUUUGGGUGUUGGUUAUGCUGCUGUGGACAAUCCGAUCUUCUACAAACCCAACACAGCUAUGCUUCUAGGUGAUGCCAAGAAGACAUGUGAUGAGCUACAGGCAAAAGUUAGAGAAUUCUGUAAGAAGUAAAUGCUAAAAA